CCAUUGGCUACCGGCCUACCAUUACCUUCCAUUUUGGAAGCUCCCACAAACCCCAAAAAUGCAAAUAGGUUGAACUUAUGAUUUUCCCUCAACUUUAUCCUCCCACUACACAAAAGAAAAACACUAACACCCAAAAAACCAAAACCGCAAAAGAGAGUGAGAGUUGAGAAUAUAAAGUAGGAAAAAGACCAUUAGCAAUUUCUAGGGUUCUUUACCAAUUCACCUAUUUUCCAACCUAAUUGAAGCUAAUUCAAGAAGGAGGAAAACAAUUUGGUCAAUUAUACUUGGAAAAACUGUGACUCUUUGAGGUACAUGUGCUACAAUCCUUUGAAAAUUACACCAAAACUCACUAUAUAAACUUUAUUUUUCCCUUGUUAACCCUUCAGUUUGACUUGGAUUGUGUUCUUUUGUCAAAGUAGAAGCCAAGUACUAAGGACAAAGUAUUUUUAAGCUUCAAGUUUUCUCCUUUUUAUGGCAAUUUGUCUCCUUUCUGUAGUUUUUACUCUAUUUUGUACCAAGAUAUGAUCUUUAUCAUUAUUUUAGUUGCUUAUUGUCGUCUAGAUUUCUUGUUAUUGUGUUAAAUAAGGUGGGUUCUUGAAAUUUGAUCUGGGUUAUGUGAAAAUCAGUUCUUUAAAGAUGGGUUAUUGAGAAAACCUCAAAUCUAGGAGAUUAUGGUGUGAUUUCACUCAAUUAAGGGGAAAAAUCUCAUUUUCGGGAGUGCUUAAUUUGUUAAAAUGUCAUUGAUUCAAUCAUCAACAUCAUCUUCAAUUAACCAUGAUUUGUUUCAAAGAGACACAACCCCACAAACAUUAUCAUCAUCAUCUUCAAGUGGAAAAAUUAGUCCUGCUAUUUUGUUUAUUAUAAUCAUAUUGGCUGUAAUUUUCUUUAUUUCUGGUCUUCUUCAUUUAUUAGUUAGAUUCUUCACAAAACAAAGAUCUUCCUCAUCAUUUUCUCAAUCUAAUAGAUACCCUGAUAAUUUUUCAAAUUCUGAUGCAUUUCAAAGACAAUUACAGCAACUUUUCCACCUUCAUGACUCAGGAUUAGACCAAGCUUUUAUUGAUGCACUUCCUGUAUUUCAAUACAAAGAAAUUGUGGGUUUAAAAGAACCAUUUGAUUGUGCUGUUUGUUUAUGUGAGUUUUCAGAGCAAGAUAAGCUAAGGUUACUACCUUUAUGUAGUCAUGCUUUUCAUAUUGAGUGUAUAGACACAUGGUUACUCUCAAAUUCAACUUGUCCCCUUUGUAGGGGUGCUCUCUACACCCCAGGGAUCCCAAUCGAAAACCCGAUUGCAGGUUUCGAAGAUUUAGGAGAUGAAGAUGGGAGUGAUGGAUUGGAUUUGGGUCAUAAGUCCCUUGAGAUUGAGAUUGUGGGUGAUAAGAGGGUGUUUCAUGUGAGACUUGGCAAGUUUAGGAGCACAAGUAAUGAAGUUCAAGAACAUGAUUUAGAAGCGAAACAAAGAGACGUGGGUGAAACUAGUAGUACUAGUUUGGAUGCAAGAAGGUGUUUCUCAAUGGGUUCAUAUCAAUAUGUGGUUGCUGAUUCAGUUUUUCAAGUUGCAUUAUGCCCAAAUAGACCUUCAAAUGUUGGUGUUGAUUUCAAGAAUAUCAAAAGAAGAAUUGGUCAAAAUGGGAAUUUAGGUACUAAGAUUGGUGAUUCUGAGGCUAGAAAAAUUAAUAUAGGUACCAAAAAUGAAAGUUUAUCUGUAUCAAAGAUAUGGUUAUGGUCCAAGAAGGGCAAAUUUCAAAAUACUUCCAAUAAUGAUAAUAGUGGUGUUCCUGUUGAUAUCAAUUUGCCUUGGACUAAUAGAGGACAAACAUCAUGAUGAAGGACAUCAAGGAAUAAAAAAGAAAAAGCAAAAGAGGUAAAUGACCUUGAAGAAUUACACAAGUUUGGUCCUUUUUCAAGGUAAGUUUUAUUUUAAUUAGAAUAAAAUAUUAUUUCCUCCUAUUUAUUUUAAUAAGUGUUUUUUUCUAUUUGGUUUAAUCAUCUUAAAUUUCUUAUUUUUAUUUUGUGUUAUGUUAACUUUAUUAAUAUAUCUUUUUAAAGCUUAACCUUUUUAUUUCUUUAUAUCUACUAACCCCAUUUUAUUCCUAUUAAAAUUAAAAAUAUUAUAUUUUUUCUUUUACAUGUAAUUCUAUUUGAUCAUCUAAAAAUAAUGAAAAGUCAAAUAACACACAUUAAAUUGAAUAUAAGGAAAUAUCUUUUUCAAAUAUCAUCAUAAGGUGAAAUCUUACGCAGCUUCCUUCUUUUCUUAGCCUGUACUUUAAUCCAAAAAAUUACAAGAUAAUUGUAAAGUGUGCUAAUUUUACUCCUUUUACUAUUUUAACAAGAAAAAAAGCAAAUCAAUGAGGGUAACUCAUUAAAAAAUUGAGGGCAACUCCUAUUGAGAAAUACCAGGUAUUUAACUAAUAUACUGAUCGAAUAGUCAUAGAUAAUUAUUAUUGAUACUAAAAUUGUAAAUAAUAUGACCAUAAAAAUAUAAUUGAAUGAACAUGUUGUUUAGAUACACCCGUUAUUUUAAAAUAGUUUGAUAAGAUUCAAAUUUGACUUAAAAUAAAUUUAAUGAUCCGGCCAAAAGCAUGACUAAAUUUUAUAUCAAGACGAAAAAACAGAACAAAAACAAUAAAACA